AUGAGGGAGGUGCUAGCGGAUCAGAAGGCGGGGUUACAGAGUCUCCUCCUCCACCGCGAAGAGACCUCCAAACUAGAGGGGUCGCUAGAGGAACAGGCUUCCCAGGUAAAGAAACGUAUUACUAAGACAGGGAACAGUUAGCAUUUACCAUAGAAAAACAUGUCACACUUAGCAGCCACGCUAACUCUAGCUGGGCAUGGGUAUUGUAUACUGGAUAGGUAGCAUAGUGCCACUGAGAAAGAAGAACAGGUGUUUCCCCGCUCUAAAAACUGUGGUUAGCCUGGCAGAGGGCCGUAGCCUGGCAGAGGGCCGGGCUCAGAGCCUGGAUGAGCAGCCUGGUCAGAGGAAUGCUGUGAGGAGAGAUCUGGAGCACAGGCUGGCUAGACUGACUUCUGCCCUGAGACAGACCCUCGGGGUGGGCAGGACCAGAAACUCACAGACCCCCCGGCUCCAGAGGACACAGGCCCUCACCCUGGAGAAGUCGCUCACCAGUGAAUGGUUUGGUCACUUACUGACCCCGUAGAACAACGCUCUGGUUCUCUUUGUAUUGACUGAAAGUGUGUUAUGACAUCACACUGAUGUAAGGAAUAUAUCGAUGUAUGAUGUUUGCCACUUUUAUAUUCUGGUCUUUAUCCAGGUGUCUCAGUCUGUCUGUAUCUCCAGGUGGUGAGAGUGCAGCAGAGGGCCAUGUCCACAGCAGAUCCCCAGGAGGACCCUGUCUCUCCUCGUCCCGUAGUGAUGAGGGGGAGCUGGAUGUGGACGCGGUGCAGGGACUUCCACCAGGAGAUCACCAUUCUUCUUUUUCUUCCUCUUUUAAAAUCACUUCCUGAUCAUGCUUUGUUUACCAUGCUUUGACGGUUGGUUGCUCUCCUGCAGGAUAAGACUAAGAGCCAGGUGGCUAAACUACAGACCAGCCAGGACAAGUCAGGCAGCAGCUGACCAAGGCUUCGAAGGAACUGGAGGAGGCCCAAGACUGAGACAGAGAAUGUCUUUUCACACUACUGAGUCGAACCAAGCCGAGCCAGACCAAGCUGUGCUGAGCUGGUCUGGUCACACAUCUACCAGGGUUGGGGUCAAUUCCAUUUCAAUUCCAGUCAAUUCCAUUGUCUUACGUCAGAUGGUGUCACUCCUACAUGAUGCUCGUCCCUCAAUCUGUCUUGUGGGAAGUGGAACUCAUAUUAAAAUGUUUGAAUUCCCGAGCAUUCGCAAAUUAUGAUGUCACUGUACUAUCGCAUGGCUCUCCAUGAAAUAGGCAGAAUAACUAGCUAAAUUGUUACAAAUGUUGUGACAGUGAUUUAAUCGUUUGCAAUUGUGAGAAAACACAAACAAAGCGGUGGCUUUCUCCUGCAAAAAUUAUCUGCAGGGACGUCGGUUUCCACUGCCAGUGCAGUGGCUUGGUCAGCUGCUUAGCUAACUUUAGCUUACUUUUGUAGCUAGCUUACUGACAUAGCUAACGUUAGGUAGCUAACUAGUUCUACCUUACUGACAUAAAAAGCUUGCUGCUUAGCCUGUUUAAAUUAACCUGAAGUUGUAGAAAUCAGUUUGUAGAUCGUCAUGUUUCUCCGCGAUCGCUAAAGUUACUUUGUGUCGUUGGGUCAGCUGACUCGGGAGGCCAAUGACUCGCGACAGAACAGCUGCGUCAAUAAAACUCAUAAUAAUGUUAGCAUUAGCACUACUAUAGUAGCUUGCUAGCUAGCUUUUUGUUGGAAGCAUUGAACAUUGUAUUUGUAACACUAACUGGUAAAGGUGGGGGGAAAAAAGAGAAAAAAAAGAGAGAGGUGUCGGAGAGGCUGUACUGGGGUCAGAUCUCUCUGUCUGUGUGUUGUCCAGGGAAGAGAGAGGUGAGAGAGAGCAGCUGUAUUGGGCUCAGAUCUCUCUGUCUGUGUGUUGUCCAGGGAAGAGAGGCUGUAUUGGGCUCAGAUCUCUCUGUCUGUGUGUUGUCCAAGGAAGAGAGGCUGUACUGGGCUCAGAUCUCUCUUUCCGUGUGUUGUCCAGGGAAGAGAGGCUGUACUGGGCUCAUAUCUCUCUGUCUGUGUGUUGUCCAGGGAAGAGAGGCUGUACUGGGCUCAGAUCUCUCUGUCUCUGUGUUGUCCAGGGAAGAGAGGCUGUACUGGGCUCAGAUCUCUCUUUCCGUGUGUUGUCCAGGGAAGAGAGGCUGUACUGGGCUCAGAUCUCUCUGUCUCUGUGUUGUCCAGGGAAGAGAGGCUGUACUGGGCUCAGAUCUCUCUGUCUGUGUGUUGUCCAGGGAAGAGAGCGGUGUCGGAGAGGCUUUACUGGGGUCAGAUCUCUCUGUCUGUGUGUUGUCCAGGGAAGAGAGAGGUGUCGGAGCAGCUGUACUGGGCUCAGAUCUCUCUGUCUGUGUGUUGUCCAGGGAAGAGAGAGGUGGGAGAGAGCAGCUGUAUGGGGCUCAGACCUCCCUCUCUCUCCAGGAGGAAGUGACACGGCGAGGGGACAGGGACAGGAAGAGCCUGGCACAGGAAGUAGCUAAACUCAAUUUUUUUAAAGUAGAAAGUGUUCAACUGACAUUACAAAAAAAUACAUCCCAUUCUAUGAGCCACAUCAGUAACUUAGCAUCAUUUGUCAUUUUAUUACUAUAUUGGUGGCAGCCCUGGAGUAGAGACUGGCAGAGCUGAGGAGAGGCUGGCAGCCCUGGAGGAGAGGCUGGCAGCCCUGGAGGAGAGGCUGGCAGCCCUGGAGGAGAGGCUGGCAGCCCUGGAGGAGAGGCUGGCAGAGCUGGAGGAGAGGCUGGCAGCCCUGGAGGAGAGGCUGGCAGAGCUGAGGAGAGGCUGGCAGAGCUGGAGGAGAGACUGGCAGAGCUGAGGAGAGGCUGGCAGAGCUGAGGAGAGGCUGGCAGAGCUGGAGGAUAGACUGGCAGAGCUGAGGAGAGGCUGGCAGAGCUGAGGAGAGGCUGGCAGCCCUGGAGGAGAGGCUGGCAGAGCUGAGGAGAGGCUGGCAGAGCUGAGGAGAGGCUGGCAGAGCUGAGGAGAGGCUGGCAGAGCUGGAGGAGAGACUGGCAGCCCUGGAGGAGAGGCUGGCAGAGCUGAGGAGAGGCUGGCAGAGCUGAGGAGGGACUGGCAGCCCUGGAGGAGAGACUGGCAGAGCUGAGGAGAGGCUGGCAGAGCUGAGGAGAGGCUGGCAGCCCUGGAGGAGAGACUGGCAGCCCUGGAGGAUAGGCUGGCAGAGCUGAGGAGAGGCUGGCAGAGCAGAGGAGAGACUGGCAGAGCUGAGGAGAGGCUGGCAGAGCUGAGGAGAGGCUGGCAGAGCUGGAGGAGAGACUGGCAGAGCUGAGGAGAGGCUGGCAGAGCUGAGGAGAGGCUGGCAGCCCUGGAGGAGAGGCUGGCAGAGCUGAGGAGAGGCUGGCAGAGCUGAGGAGAGGCUGGCAGAGCUGAGGAGAGGCUGGCAGAGCUGGAGGAGAGACUGGCAGAGCUGAGGAGAGGCUGGCAGAGCUGAGGAGAGGCUGGCAGCCCUGGAGGAGAGGCUGGCAGAGCUGAGGAGAGGCUGGCAGAGCUGAGGAGAGGCUGGCAGAGCUGGAGGAGAGACUGGCAGAUCUGAGGAGAGGCUGGCAGAGCUGGAGGAGAGACUGGCAGCCCUGGAGGAGAGGCUGGCAGAGCUGAGGAGAGGCUGGCAGAGCUGAGGAGAGGCUGGCAGCCCUGGAGGAGAGGCUGGCAGCCCUGGAGGAGAGGCUGGCAGAGCUGAGGAGAGACUUGCAGCCCUGGAGGAGAGGCUGGCAGCCCUGGAGGAGAGGCUGGCAGCCCUGGAGGAGAGGCUGGCAGAGCUGAGGAGAGGCUGGCAGAGCUGAGGAGAGGCUGGCAGAGCUGAGGAGAGGCUGGCAGAGCUGAGGAGAGGCUGGCAGAGCUGAGGAGAGGCUGGCAGAGCUGAGGAGAGGCUGGCAGAGCUGAGGAGAGGCUGGCAGCCCUGGAGGAGAGGCUGGCAGAGCUGAGGAGAGGCUGGCAGAGCUGAGGAGAGGCUGGCAGAGCUGAGGAGAGGCUGGCAGAGCUGGAGGAGAGACUGGCAGCCCUGGAGGAGAGGCUGGCAGAGCUGAGGAGAGGCUGGCAGAGCUGAGGAGGGACUGGCAGCCCUGGAGGAGAGACUGGCAGAGCUGAGGAGAGGCUGGCAGAGCUGAGGAGAGGCUGGCAGCCCUGGAGGAGAGACUGGCAGCCCUGGAGGAUAGGCUGGCAGAGCUGAGGAGAGGCUGGCAGAGCAGAGGAGAGACUGGCAGAGCUGAGGAGAGGCUGGCAGAGCUGAGGAGAGGCUGGCAGAGCUGGAGGAGAGACUGGCAGAGCUGAGGAGAGGCUGGCAGAGCUGAGGAGAGGCUGGCAGCCCUGGAGGAGAGGCUGGCAGAGCUGAGGAGAGGCUGGCAGAGCUGAGGAGAGGCUGGCAGAGCUGAGGAGAGGCUGGCAGAGCUGGAGGAGAGACUGGCAGAGCUGAGGAGAGGCUGGCAGAGCUGAGGAGAGGCUGGCAGCCCUGGAGGAGAGGCUGGCAGAGCUGAGGAGAGGCUGGCAGAGCUGAGGAGAGGCUGGCAGAGCUGGAGGAGAGACUGGCAGAUCUGAGGAGAGGCUGGCAGAGCUGGAGGAGAGACUGGCAGCCCUGGAGGAGAGGCUGGCAGAGCUGAGGAGAGGCUGGCAGAGCUGAGGAGAGGCUGGCAGCCCUGGAGGAGAGGCUGGCAGCCCUGGAGGAGAGGCUGGCAGAGCUGAGGAGAGACUUGCAGCCCUGGAGGAGAGGCUGGCUGCCCUGGAGGAGAGGCUGGCAGAGCUGAGGAGAGACUGGCAGCCCUGGAGGAGAGGCUGGCAGCCCUGGAGGAGAGGCUGGCAGAGCUGAGGAGAGGCUGGCAGAGCUGAGGAGAGGCUGGCAAAGCUGAGGAGAGGCUGGCAGAGCUGAGGAGAGGCUGGCAGAGCUGAGGAGAGGCUGGCAGCCCUGGAGGAGAGAGCUGGGGAGUGAGGACCGGGCUGCUGGGCUCAGGGUGAAUGAGGAGAGGCUGGCCACGGCCCUGGACCAGGCUGAGCUCCAGGAAAGCCAGCUGAGACAGCAGGGUCUGUCUAGCUCUCUCAGUGACAUUAGUGCCACGUCCAGAGGCAUGCAGGAGCAGACUGCCCAGCUACAGAGGGCUCUCACCAGGACCGCAGGAUCAUGCAGUUACGUAUGUGUUUUUACGGAGUCCUCUUCGUAACCUUACUCCCCAGCUUGUAAUGCCUCCACUGGCACUAUUGCAUUGGUACCUUUCAAUAGUGUGAUUGGCUAAGAUGUUGUCAAGCAGGCGUUCUCGUAUGUUUGUGAGGCAGAGGAUCAUAUUUCGAGGACCGGUAAGGACUUGUGAGGUAGGAAGCUAUACUGUUAAGCACAGAGGACACCUGUUACAUACCAUAUGUAACAGGUUGGAGUUGUGUAGGGGGCAUAGGUCAGCUACAUUAGAUAUGUUAAUUGAUUUACCCCCACGUUACACCAAAUGUACGUCACCAAACUCCACCCACCUGCAUAGCUAUCGUGAAGGUUUAGAUAUAGUCUUAUGAUCUAAAGCAGGGCUCUCCCACCCUGUUCCUGAAGAGCUAUCCUCCUGUAGGUUUACACCAGGGUUCUUCAAUGCUGUUACUGGAGAGCUACCCUCCUGUAGGUUUACACCAGGGUUCUCCAACCCUGUUCCUGGAGAGCAACCCUCUUGUAGGUUUACACCAAGGCUCUCCAACCCUGUUCCUGGAGAGCUACCCUCCUGUAGGUUUACACCAGGGUUCUCCAACCCUGUUCCUGGAGAGCUACCCUCCUGUAGGUUUACACCAGAGUUCUCUAACCCUGUUCCCGGAGAGCUACCCUCCUGUAGGUUUACACCAGGGUUCUCCAACCCUGUUCCUGGAGAGCUACCCUCCUGUAGGUUUACACCAGGGAUCUCCCACCCUGUUCCUGGAGAGCUACCCUCCUGUAGGUUUACACCAGGGCUCUCUAACCCUGUUCCUGGAGAGCAACCCUCCUGUAGGUUUACACCAGGGCUCUCCAACCCUGUUCCUGGAGAGCUACCCUCCUGUAGGUUUACACCAGGGCUCUCUAACCCUGUUCCUGGAGAGCUACAGGAGGGUAGGAACAGGGUUGGAGAACUCUGAUCUAAAGCCUGUGCACAGUGGUAAUGGGCUCUUUAAAAAAAACUCAAAGAGAAUAUUUGUUAAGCCUGGAAAGGGGGAUAAAAAACUAACAUAAUUUAGUGUUCUGUAUACAUUUAGUUACGUUUUCCAACCCCACCUAACCCAGGUUUUCUAAUUGAAACUUCAGGAGAAAUGAAUACUGUAAAACCUCCAUUACUGCUGUUUGAUUUAAAGUCCAGCUAUGUAACCUUUUCAGUUUAGAGUUUUUAUUUAUUUACCUUUGCUGCUACAGUUCCCCCAAAAGGACCUGAAGUGCCCUAUAUAGUGCGUUACUUUUGACCAGAACCCCAUAGGUCUCUGGUCAAAAGUAGUGCACUAUUUAGGAAAUAGGGUGCCAUUUGGAACUCCGACUAGGAUGACUAUGCAGUAAAAUGGUGGGACUAGCUCAUGAAUUUUCCCUGAGUUCCUCAGGAGAGCCUUAAAGGUUGAGGCUGCCGCUUCAAAGAUGCUGUUCAAACAAAAACACUGCAAUGCUCAAUAUAAAUUUGUUAUAUUCUGCUCGGGACCUGUUAGCCCAUGCCAAUAAAAAGCAUGGAAAAAAAUCUACAUUGAAAACUCUAAAACUCUUGCCUUGCCCACAUCUCUGGACUAAAUCUAGAGAGAAAGGGAGAGGGGGGCAGGCAGGGGACAAAGAGGGAAAUAGGAAAAUUAUUAUGUGAAAGUGAUUGGACUGAUUUCAAACGUUCCGGUCCAUCUUCAACCAACCCAUACUUCACCAUAACGCGGGGUUGCGCAUAGGGUUGCAAAAACCCUGUUUAAUCGUUUUUUUGAAUUCCUGCUUGGAGGAUUUCUGGAAUCAGCAGGGAAUAAGGUGCACUGGGAAUCCUCACACCUGGAAUUCUUCAACUGGGAUCUCUGAAAAGAACUGGGAAUUUUGGGGAUGUUUCUGGAAUUUUGUAACCAUAAUUUGUCAUGUUUUAAUAAUAAUAAUAAUACAUUGUAUUUAUAUAGCGCUUUUCAAGGACCCAAAGCCGUUUUAAAUUGGUAUACAAUUGUUUUUCCACCAGCUGGAUAAGCUGUCUGACGGUAAGAGACAGAACCACUUCCUGACCGAGAGGCUCCAGAACAAUCCAGAACAUAUUUAUAUUUAUAUUCCGGUCUCUGAUUUUGCUCGUUCUGAUAUUUCUUAAUUUCUUUCUUUUAAUUAGUGUGUAUUGUUUUAUAUUGUUAGAUAUACUGCACAGUUGGAGCUAGAAACAUAAGCAUUUCGUUGCACCUGCAAUGAUAUCUGCAAAGAAUGUUUACGCGUCCAAUUUAAGGACGCAGAACUACAGUCCUCAGAGCUGGAGAAACAGACCUGGACACUGAAAGAGGUGAGUGGGGCUAGAUGAGAGAGACAUAAUAUAGAAGACAGAAAGUAGUUUUGGGGACACUAGAAAGUGUUUAAAAGUAGUUUUGGGGACACUAGAAAGUGUUGAAACGUGGUUUUGGGGACACUAGAAAGUGUUGAAAAGUGGUUUUAGGGACACUAGAAAGUGUUGAAAAGUGGUUUUGGGGACACUAGAAAGUGUUGAAAAGUAGUUUUGGGGACACUAGAAAGUGUUGAAAAGUGGUUUUAGGGACACUAGAAAGUGUUGAAAAGUGGUUUUGGGGACACUAGAAAGUGUUGAAAAGUGGUUUUGGGGACACUAGAAAGUGUUGAAAAGUAGUUUUGGGGACACUAGAAAGUGUUGAAAAGUGGUUUUGGGGACACUAGAAAGUGUUGAAAAGUAGUUUUGGGGACACUUGAAAGUGUUUAAAAUAUAUAUUUUGAGGACACGUCCCCUAGAGGUUCACAAUGUUUGUUUGUUUCAGGUAUUUCUGUAUGUCUGUUCUAGCCCUAACCCUGAAGCAUUAGGUCUUUAUUGUAUGUCUCCCCAUAGAGGCCAUAAAGCAGAGGCAGGAAGCAGCAGAGCUGGCGGCCCAGGAGAUGGAGAGGCUGACCGGCCUCAUCAGCACCCUGAAGCAGAUGGAGGGGGAGCGGGGGGAACUGGAAAGGGUGCUGGCCUACCUGGGGAAAGAUAAGGCUUCACUCAGGAAGACUUUGGAGAAGUUGAGUCAGUGGUCUUCUGGCUGGAGGUUCUGCCACAUUCGGGCGGUUUUCCCCUAACAGAACCAUGGUGUCUUGCCAUCGGCUUGCCCAUGGUCGAUAGAAUGGUGGCAUGCUGACAUAGGGGUCAGUCAUCAUACUGAAGCCAGCAAACUGCCAUACUGGCAUGCCACCAACUUGCCAAGGGGUUUCUAAUGUCUGCUGACAUCUAGGUCCCUCUCUACUACAGUCCAGUCAACUCUCCAUCGGCAUGCCACCACUUGCAAGAGUCUUCUUCUCCUCCUCCUUCUUACCUCCCCUCGCUCUGACCUCCCUCCCUCUCAUCUCCUCUCUCUCUACCUCCCUCUCUACUCUACCCCUACCAACCUCCCUCUCUCUCUACCCCAUCCUCCUCCUCUACCUCCCUCUCUCUCUCUACCUCCCUCUCUCUCUCUACCUCCCUCCCUCUCUCUACCUCCCUCUCUCUACCUCCCUCCCUCUCUCUACCUCCCUCUCUCUCUCUACCUCCCUCUCUCUCUCUACCUCCCUCUCUCUACCUCCCUCCUCUACCUACCUCCCUCUCUCUCUUACCCCCCCCUCUCUCUCUCCCUCUCUCUACCUCCUCCCUCUCUACCCUCCCCCGUACCUCUACUCUCCCUCCCCUCUCUCUAAGACCUCCCUCCCUCUCUCUCUCCCUCUCUCUACCCUCCCUCCCUCUCUCUGUCUCCCCUCUCUCUACACCUCCCUCCCUCUCUCUAGCCUCCCUCUCUCUAUCCUCCUCCCUCCCUUCUCUACUCCCCCUCUCUCUACCUCCCUCCCUCUCUCGUACCUCCCUCUCUCUACCUCCCUCCCCUUUUACCCCUACCUCCCUCCUCCACUCUCUACCUCCCCCCUCUCUCUACCUCCCUUCUCUCUCUCCUCCCUCUCCUGUCUCCCUCUCUCUACCUCCCUCUCUCUACCUCCCUCGCUCUCCCCCUUCUACUCCCCAUACCUACUCCCUCCCUCUCUCUACCUCCCUCCCUCUCUCUACCUCCCUCCCUCUCUCUACCUCCCUCUCUCUCUCUACCUCCCUCUCUCUGUCUCCCUCUCUCUACCUCCCUCCCUCUCUCUGUCUCCCUCUCUCUACCUCCUUCUCUGCCUCUCUCUCUCUGUCUGCUCUCCUUUGUCACACGUUUGUCCCUGAUUGAUGGAAGCGUGUAAAUGUCCUGUGAGAAACAAGGGCUCUGUGCAGUAAGGAUACGUCCCAAAUGGUACCCUAUUCCCUACAAUAAAACGUUCUACUUUUAAUGAGAUUCCUGUGAGCCCUGGUCAAACGUAGUGCACUAUAAAGGUAGAAUGAUGAUUGGAAAUAUGUAAAUGCCCUGUGAGAAACAAGAGCAGCGUCACUGCUGCUACAUGCAUUACUGCUCCUAGGGCUGGAGCACUGCUGCUACAUGCAUUACUGCUCCUAGGGCUGGAGCACUGCUGCUACAUGCAUCACUGCUCCUAGGGCUGGAGCACUGCUGCUACAUGCAUUACUGCUCCUAGGGCUGGAGCACUGCUGCUACAUGCAUUACUGCUCCUAGGGCUGGAACACUGCUGCUACAUGCAUUACUGCUCCUAGGGCUGGAGCACUGCUGCUACAUGCAUUACUGCUCCUAGGGCUGGAGCACUGCUGCUACAUGCAUUACUGCUCCUAGGGCUGGAACACUGCUGCUACAUGCAUCACUGCUCCUAGGGCUGGAGCACUGCUGCUACAUGCAUCACUGCUCCUAGGGCUGGAGCACUGCUGCUACAUGCAUUACUGCUCCUAGGGCUGGAGCACUGCUGCUACAUGCAUUACUGCUCCUAGGGCUGGAGCACUGCUGCUACAUGCAUUACUGCU